UCGCUCCUUCCAUUUCUGUGUUGGUUUCGUGAUUUCUUCCACCUUCUAUGCCCUUCUCCUCUUCUCUCGAGCGACACGUUGAAAGCCAGUGCCUCCUCCCACAGCCCCACCACCUCCCUGCCUAUCCACUUCAGAAUCGGAUGAUUCGUCAGUUGCUCACUCGCACAAAAACAAAGACCCAUAUAUUUCGCAUGUAUAAAUAAGUCCGAAAGAAGAAGAAGGGCAGAGUAGGAUCUAGAGAGUAGUUGGGGGAGGAUCCAGGGGAGUGCACCGCCUGCCUAGCUCCAUGGCCGACAAGGAGGGCAACCUCGACGCCGUCCUCAAGGAGGCCGUCGACCUGGAGCACAUCCCAAUAGAUGAAGUGUUUGAGAACCUGCGAUGCAGCCAUGAGGGGCUCACUUCCGAGCAGGCGCAGCAGCGCCUGCAAAUCUUUGGUCCGAACAAGCUCGAGGAGAAGGAGGAGAGCAAGUUCCUCAAGUUCUUGGGUUUCAUGUGGAAUCCACUGUCAUGGGUCAUGGAGGCUGCAGCUAUCAUGGCCAUUGCAUUGGCGAAUGGAGGGGGGAAGCCACCAGAUUGGCAGGACUUUGUCGGUAUCAUCACGCUGCUACUUAUAAACUCUACUAUAAGUUUCAUUGAGGAAAACAAUGCCGGCAAUGCUGCUGCCGCACUUAUGGCCCGUCUUGCACCAAAAGCCAAGGUUCUCCGUGAUGGUCGUUGGACGGAGGAGGAGGCAGCCGUCCUUGUGCCUGGGGACAUCAUCAGCAUCAAACUUGGAGAUAUCAUUCCUGCAGAUGCCCGCCUCCUAGGCGGAGAUCCUCUGAAGAUUGAUCAGUCUGCCCUGACUGGAGAAUCACUGCCAGCCACCAAAGGUCCUGGUGAUGGCAUCUACUCUGGUUCAACAGUCAAGCAGGGCGAGAUUGAGGCUGUUGUCAUAGCAACCGGUGUGCACACUUUCUUUGGAAAGGCUGCCCACCUUGUUGACUCCACCAACCAAGUUGGCCAUUUCCAACAGGUCCUGACAGCCAUCGGGAACUUUUGUAUUUGCUCAAUUGCUGUGGGAAUGCUUAUUGAGAUCAUUGUCAUGUACCCAAUUCAACACAGGGCAUACCGUCCUGGGAUUGACAACCUUUUGGUGCUUCUCAUUGGAGGCAUUCCCAUAGCGAUGCCCACAGUCUUAUCGGUCACCAUGGCAAUUGGGUCCCAUCGCUUGUCUCAACAGGGAGCUAUAACAAAGAGAAUGACUGCAAUUGAAGAGAUGGCUGGCAUGGAUGUUCUUUGCAGUGAUAAAACUGGAACCCUGACUUUAAAUAAGCUCAGUGUGGACAAGAACCUAAUCGAGGUUUUUGAAAAAGGAGUGACUCAGGACCAAGUAAUUCUGAUGGCUGCUAGAGCAUCCCGGAUAGAAAAUCAAGAUGCUAUUGAUACGGCAAUAGUUGGGAUGCUAGGUGAUCCAAAAGAGGCUCGUGCUGGUAUCGAAGAGGUUCAUUUCCUGCCAUUCAACCCUACGGACAAAAGAACUGCAUUGACAUACAUUGAUGGUGAUGGAAAGAUGUACCGUGUUAGCAAGGGUGCACCAGAGCAGAUUCUCAACCUUGCCCAUAACAAGUCAGAGAUCGAGCGAAAAGUGCAUUCUGUAAUUGACAAGUUUGCAGAACGUGGACUUCGAUCACUUGGUAUAGCAUAUCAGGACGUGCCAGAUGGAAGGAAAGAGAGUCCAGGUAGUCCAUGGCAUUUUGUUGCUCUCUUGCCACUCUUUGAUCCACCAAGGCACGAUAGUGCGGAAACAAUUCAAAGGGCACUUAACCUUGGUGUAAAUGUGAAGAUGAUCACAGGUGACCAGCUAGCGAUUGGGAAGGAAACAGGACGUCGUCUAGGAAUGGGUACAAACAUGUACCCUUCAUCUGCUUUGUUGGGGCAGAACAAGGAUGAGUCAAUUGCUGAUUUACCAGUUGAUGAUCUAAUUGAGAAAGCUGAUGGUUUUGCUGGUGUAUUCCCAGAGCACAAAUAUGAGAUCGUGAAACGCCUGCAAGCACGGAAGCACAUAUGUGGAAUGACUGGUGAUGGUGUAAAUGAUGCACCAGCUCUAAAGAAAGCUGAUAUUGGUAUAGCAGUUGCUGAUGCGACAGAUGCUGCAAGGAGUGCUUCUGAUAUCGUACUCACAGAACCUGGUCUAAGUGUCAUCAUAAGUGCUGUCCUUACUAGUCGAGCAAUUUUCCAGCGGAUGAAGAACUACACCAUAUAUGCUGUUUCAAUUACAAUACGUAUUGUGCUUGGGUUUAUGCUACUUGCCCUCAUAUGGGAGUUUGACUUCCCGCCAUUUAUGGUCCUGAUCAUAGCAAUUCUGAAUGAUGGUACCAUAAUGACCAUAUCCAAGGAUCUAGUAAAACCAUCUCCACUACCAGACAGCUGGAAGUUGGCUGAAAUCUUCACAACUGGGGUGGUGCUUGGUGGAUACUUGGCAAUGAUGACUGUCAUUUUCUUCUGGGCUGCCUAUAAGACCAACUUUUUCCCUAGGAUCUUUCAUGUCAAAAGCUUGGAGAAGACAGCUCAAGAUGACUUCCAAAUGCUUGCCUCUGCUGUAUAUCUUCAAGUCAGCACCAUCAGCCAAGCUCUUAUCUUUGUCACAAGGUCGCGAAGCUGGUCAUUUCUCGAACGCCCUGGCUUUCUACUGGUCUUCGCUUUCUUGGUUGCACAGCUGAUAGCUACACUAAUAGCUGUAUAUGCUGAUUGGGGAUUCACUUCAAUCAAAGGCAUUGGAUGGGGCUGGGCUGGUAUUGUGUGGCUCUACAACCUUGUCUUUUACUUCCCACUCGAUAUCCUCAAGUUCCUCACGCGAUAUGCUCUGAGUGGGAAAGCAUGGGAUCUUGUCAUUGACCAAAGAGUCGCAUUUACAAGGAAGAAGCACUUCGGUAGGGAAGAAAGGGAGCUCAAGUGGGCACAUGCACAGAGGACACUCCAUGGGUUGCAGCCACCGGAUGCCAAGCUGUUCCCCGAGAAGGCAGGCUACAACGAGCUGAAUCAGAUGGCCGAAGAGGCAAAACGAAGAGCUGAAAUUGCCAGGCUCAGGGAGCUUCACACACUUAAGGGGCACGUAGAGUCGGUUGUGAAGCUGAAGGGCCUGGACAUUGACACCAUUCAGCAAUCUUACACCGUGUGAUCGAUUCAGUUAUCCUUAAGAGAGAGUAUAUCCUUGAUGCAUAGGAAUAAAACUGUACUU